AUGAGUGCUGAAGAGAGAUUAUUGAAGCUGAAACAGCUUCAGAAGAAAAGAGCUGAAGCUGCGAGAGAGAACAGGCAAGAGCUGUUCAAAGAGCAUCGAGAGAAGGCCAUCGGGAAGGAGAAGCUACGACAACUUGAGGAGAAACAGGAGAGGAGCAGAGAGGAAUUGGAAAAGAUCAGAGCUCUUGAGCGAGGAGAAGACUACCAGAGGAGAAAGGCAUGGGACUAUACCAUCGAGGAAAAUGAAAAAUGGGAUGCGAAGUUGGAGAGGAGAGCACAGAAUAGGGAAAACGCUGGGUUCAAGAACUAUUCACAAAUGGCUGAACAAGCGUAUAACAAGGAGAUAUCACAGAUCACAGUAGAUAAAGACAGGUAUAAGCUCCAGAAGGCUAAGGAUGGACACGGCACAAGCGGGGUUGAUUUCCACAAUAAGCCUUCUAAGGAGGCCGUUGAUACUCUUGUGAGCACGUUGAAGACUGGAGACUCUAGGAGAAUGAAGAAAAAAAGCAAAGAAGAGGACGAUACCGAUAGUUAUAUCAAUAUCAAAAACAAACAGUUCAACGAGAAGCUCAAUCGUCAUUAUGAUAAGCACAUAAAUAAGUGA